AACGACGAAGUCGAUGUGAUAUGAGCCACUUUGACGGCGGUCGUUCGGUCUGAAGUGCGCUCAGGAACGAAACGUAACGCUCCGACGUUCGCUGCGAGUCGCCAACAUUCUUUCGCGACCAUCGUCCCGCCAUCGAGCAAUUAAAUCUCGUUUUCAACGGCGAAGCUGCACUUCCGGCAACGCGUACUCGUUGUCCGAAGGGUGUAUUGUCGCCCGAACUUCUCACUCUCUCUCUUUCUCUCUCGCGGAGAAUCAAACGAUCUUCGCUGCAGAUCGCAGGAAUCAGUCUCGGAGGCGGGAUAUCGAUUCUCGCCGAAGAGUCCCGAGAGCGACCGAGCGCUCGUGAAAGUGACGUGCGCGAGUAGUAGUUGCACGACGAGCGGUUGUGAGCUAGGCGAGUUUGUCGGUGGUCAGUGGUGGUCAUCUCAUCGUAGAUCGGCUCGCACGGGUUCGCUCUCCCUCGGUCAACCCGGUCGUGCCGAAACAGUUGUCUCCUCGCGGCAAAAUCUCUCAUCCCUUUUUCCUAUCGCGGGGAAGGAAAGAUCGAUUCCGCCUUCGCUCGUCGGGCCGCGCACGCGGGAGAGACGCGGCGCGAUUGACAGUUGGGACACGAGAACGGGGCAAGUGGACCGACUGACACCCAGGUAGAUCCUAGUGAACGGACGGACGGACGGACGGACGAAUGAACGACAACAACGACGACGACGACAACGGGAUCGUAGGUCGCGCGAUGAUGGGUGAUAAUGGGCGAUGACGGAUAUGGUGGGCGGUACGAUUGGCGUUUCUCGCGACACGGGACACGGGAUUGACGGGAUUUACGCACGCGACUCCCUUUGAUUUGACGACGUCUGUCGCGCGAGCGCUUCUCGCGUCGUGCUGCCCUCGCGAUCUCUCGUUAUCAGAGUAUAUUUUCUUUAUGCGCGCGAGCCAGCGCUCGAUAUUUCGUAUUCCCUUCGAUCCGUGUGACUUCGCCGUUGUACCACGUCGUUGCCCGAAUCGCGAAUAGAAAUCGCGCUCGCGGAGGGAUUCCUUAUCCUUCGAUUUGAUUUUUCCAUUGCCAGAUAAAUCCCGUCGCGAAGCCGUCGUCGAGGCGAGGAUCGAUCAUCGUGACCUAACCUAAGCUUAACCUUGAAGGCGUGAACUGUCGCCGUUAAUCGCACCGAUCGCGAGGAACGCGACAGUUUUACGACGUGAUACCGUCUCUAGUAUCGCGCAGCGGACGACGAUCUCCUCAAAAUGGUCACUCCCCAGACUCCAGGAACGGAUCCCUGGGUGAUCCAGCCUAGAGAAAGAAUGAGAUAUCAAGAACAAUUCGACUCGUUGAACCCGAUCAAUGGAAUUGUCACUGGUGAACAGGCAAAGGGAUUUCUCCUUAGAUCUCAACUUCAGCCUGCCGUUCUUGGACAGAUAUGGGCAUUAUCGGAUACAGAUGCAGAUGGGAAGAUGAAUAUAAAUGAGUUUAGUAUCGCAUGCAAAUUAAUCAAUUUGAAACUGCGCGGUUUUGAAAUUCCCAAAGUACUGCCACCUGUUCUUAUACAAAGCUUGAAAUCUUUCUCAACAGGCGAUGCAAGCCUGGCUGGAUUGCCGAAUGGCUCCACUGCUUCAAGUAAUGUUAGCUCUCUAGUAAAUUUAAGCGGUCAUCAACCGAUGGUAUCUCAAACUGCAGCCAGCACGAUACCCACGGCUGGAAAUACUCUUAUAGCAUUACAACAAAAUAGACAGAAUGUGGCUCCAAGCACACAUGCUACAACUCAUAUACCGUCUAAGCCACCCGCUCGACCCGCGCCACCUUCUGUGGGAAUUGCACCUCCCCUCAGUACUACAACUACUCCCCCCGGUGGUCCCCCGCAAAGACCUGCACCUCCUACAAAUAUUGGAAAUAAUUUUGCGGCAAUAACGGGUGGUCCACCACCAAAACCACAACCACCUUCGUUUCCAAAUAGUCCUGUAGGAAUCUCGCCAAUAAAACUUACGACUUCUGGUCCUUCAGUUGUUUCUUCAUCUCCACCUAUAUCUGCCCCUGGAAUAGGUAUUCCAUCAGUAGCUCCAAUUGCUCCUUUAAAUACAACUCCUGUACCAAUGGCUGCCUUUAAUAUGGCACAACCAAUACCGACACAACCAUUAGGCAUGGUUAGUGCAGGUAUGGUUGCUCCUAUGACUGGCAUGGUUCCUAGUAUGGUACCAUCUAUUGGAUCAAUAAACACUGGUACUGGAGUUGCUUCAUCAGUAGCGUUACCUUUAGUAUCCUCGACAACUACAAACGGUGCACUGGUCAAUGGCGCAAUUACACAAACGCCAGUAUCUACGAAUACACCUUUGAGUACAACAGCACGUCCACCAAGUAUAGACAGAGUAGGUUCUGUAGAUUCGCAGCACAGUCAGCAUUCAGUUAGUUCUCCACAGUCUAUGGAAUGGGCAGUGCCACAUCAGACCAAGUUAAAAUAUACUCAAUUAUUUAAUACAUGGGACAGAACGAGAUCUGGUUUUUUAUCUGGUCCUCAAGCAAGAAAUAUCAUGGUGCAGUCGCAACUGCCACAAUCCAUCCUAGCUCAAAUAUGGGCUUUAGCAGAUAUGGAUUCGGAUGGACGUUUAGGCUCUGAAGAAUUUGUGCUUGCAAUGCAUCUUUGCGAUAUCGCUAAAGCUGGUGAAAUCAUACCUACGACGCUCCCACUAGAACUUAUUCCACCUACAUUUAGACGGCAACGUCAAAGUAGUUUAACGCUAUCUCAAAAUGCAACGGAAAAUAUCGAUCCAUUAGCAGGCAUGCCACAGACUUCAUUCGAAGAUAAACGUAAAGAGAACUUUGAGAAAGGUCAAGCGGAAUUAGAACGUAGGCGUAAAGCAUUAUUAGAAAUUCAGCGGAAAGAACAGGAAGAACGAGAACGCAAAGAGAGAGAGGAAGCCGAGAAACAGGAAAAAAUAAGAUUAGAGCAGGAGAGGCGUAGACAAGCGGAAAUCGAGAAACAAAUGCAGAGGCAAAAAGAAAUCGAACAGGAAAAAGAAGAACAACGAAAACGUGCACAAGAACAGAAAGAUGCGGCGCGCAAGGAAAUGGAGAGACAACGACAAUUGGAGUGGGAACGACAGAAGUCACAAGAAUUACAAGCACAGAGACAAAAGGAACAAGAUGUUCUUCUUAAAUUGAAAGCAAAAAAUCAGACUUUGACCAUCGAACUUGGAACACUUAAUGAUAAAGUGAAGGAAUUGUCACAAAAGAUUUGUGACACUCGAGUAGGAGUGUCAGGCGUCAAAACAACUAUCGAUGGUAUGAGAUCAACGAGAGACACACAGUUACAAGAGAUGGCCGCAUUAAAAAAUAAACUUCGGGAACAAAAUCAAAGAUUGCUAGCAUUGAGUCAAGAGAAAGCACGUAUUGAGGCAAGAAAUAAAAUCAACGCGGCGCAAGAUGCAGCCGGGCAAGAGGCUAUUAAAAUGGCUUUUGACAAUAAACAAAUUACUCUUAAGCAAAUGAAAGAUAAAAUAGCAGAUUUACAACAGCAGAUUGAUUCUAAAAUGUCUGAUAUUGAAAAUAAUAAUGGUCAGCUUGAGGAUAUUAAGACACAAAUAAAAAAUAUAGUAGUGGAUUGUAAACAACUUUAUGUCACUUUUGAUGAAAAGAAGAAGAAAGUAAUUGAACUUCGGUCAAGUAGUAAUGUCUCAGCUGCUGCUUUUGCCACAUCCGCGUGGGGCGAUAGUGGUUGGGGAGACGCACCUGUCAGCGAUACAGCUUGGCCUGUCAACGAGACUACUGCAAGCUCAGUAAAUGAAACUGCUGUCGUUGGUGUCCGCAAAUACAGAGCCCUUUACGAAUUUGUAGCGCGAAAUCAAGACGAAAUAUCGUUUCAACCUGGUGAUAUUAUAUUGGUACCGCCUGUGCAAAAUGCUGAACCAGGUUGGAUGGCGGGAGAAAUUCGCGGCCAUACCGGUUGGUUUCCUGAAUCAUAUGUGGAGCCAGUGGAUACUGGUGCAGCUGACUUGGACAACGAACGUACUUUCAUACAACAAGACAGUGUAGAGAAGAGAACAUUAGAAGGAAUAGCGGAAGUUCCCGAGAACGUAUCUGAUGCGGGAUCAUUAGGGGGAGAAGCUCCGAUAGUGGAAGCUAUUAUACCUACUUUAGGAUUAGGUACAUCUUGCAAUAUACAAGUCACUGCUUUGUUUCCUUAUCGACCUACUAUGGAGCAACAUCUUUCCUUUGAAAAAGGAGAAACUAUUAAUGUUUCUGAACAACAGGACGACUGGUGGUAUGGUUCAGCUAGUACUGGAAAUAAUGGUUGGUUCCCUAAAUCAUACGUGAAAGAAGUUACGAGUAACAAAGAUGCUGGGACUGAUGGUCUUAAUGAAUAUUACGUCGCUCUUUACCGAUACGAAUCUAGCGAGACCGGCGAUCUUAGUUUCAAUCAAGGAGAAGUUAUAUUAGUUACGAAGAAAGAAAACGAAUGGUGGACCGGUUGUAUAGGGAACAAAAGUGGAAUCUUUCCGUCUAAUUAUGUAGAGAAGUGCGCCGCUCCCAGUCAGGCCGCGUCUACUAACAUUCAGUCCCCUGUUGUUGCUGCAACUGCGGAAAUAAAGAACGAAGCUAAUAUCUUGGCGACUGCAGAAUCACAAGUAGAGAAAACGGCGGAACAGUUAGAAGACGAGAGAGCAGCUGCUGAGGAUAGGGCGGAAUUACCAGACUUUAGUGCUAUGGCAGCUCAGCAGUAUUACAAGAGGGGAAGAAAACCAGAAAUUGUUCAAGUCAUUGCACCCUAUCAAGCAACAAGUGCAGAACAGUUAGACUUGCAAAGAGGACAAUUAAUAAUGAUUCGCAAAAAGACUGACAGCGGUUGGUGGGAAGGAGAACUUCAGGCACGCGGUAAAAAGAGGCAAGUUGGUUGGUUCCCAGCAACUUAUGUUAAACCCUUAACCAGUAGCAGUAAUAGAAGUACACCUGUCUCUCAUGGAUAUCAAGAUUCUCCAACGGAUCCGAAUAUUGAACGCGUUAUGGCUCUGUAUCCUUAUCAAGCACAAAACGAGGAUGAAUUAAGUUUCGAAAAGGGUGACGUUAUUUCGGUACUUGCUAAGGAAGAAGCGUCAUGGUGGAGAGGUGAAUUGAAUGGUGUAUCUGGCGUUUUUCCAAGCAACUACGUAUCACCUAUGUCGAAUGAAUUGAUGAUUGAUACAAUGAUGUAUCACGAUCCCAUGGAAAGAAAACGUCAGGAACAUAUCAAAGAGCUAAUUGUGACUGAACAAGCUUAUAUAGAAGACAUGAGACUAGUUCAUGAGGUAUUUGAGAAACCGUUACUCGAAAGUUUAGUUUUAAGUGUCGAUGAGAUAGAAAGGAUAUUUAUCAAUUGGAGAGAUAUUAUCGCAUGUAACGAUAAUUUCUUGAGGACUUUAAGGAUACGAAGAGAUAACAGUUAUAACGGAGUAGUCCGAAUGAUAGGCGAUAUAUUGUGUGAAAAUAUACCUAGAAUGUCGGCUUACAUAAGAUUUUGCAGCUGCCAAAUAUCUGCCGCGACGUAUCUACAGUAUUUGACGGAAACUUCGCCGGAAUUCGUUCAGGUCGCUCAGGCAUGUCAGCAAGAUCCGCGAACGAAAGGGAUGCCGCUAAGUUCAUUUUUAAUUAAGCCGAUGCAAAGAAUAACGAAAUAUCCACUCAUCAUUAACAAGAUUUUAGAAUAUACGCCGAUUGAUCAUCCUGAUAGACAGUAUCUGCAGGAAGCAUUGGCCAAAUCCGAGGAAUUUUGUACACAGGUAAACGAAGGAGUUAGAGAAAAAGAAAAUAGCGACAGACUGGAAUGGCUACAAACUCACGUUAUAUGUGACGGCCUUGAAGAGCAGCUUAUCUUUAAUUCCUUGACGAACUCCCUAGGACCCCGAAAACUGUUACAUUUUGGUAUACUUCAUAAGUCAAAAAGUGGUAAAGAACUCGUCGGUUUCCUUACAAAUGACUUCCUGCUGUUCGUUCAACCACUGAAAUUCUCCUUGAAUUGUCAACAAUUCUCAUUCGAACGUAACGAGCAUCAAAAGUUCAAGAUGUACAGAAAACCGAUAUUCCUCAAUGAAUUGUCUUUGUUCGGAGAAAACGAUGGAAAUAGUAGUCUGAGUGGAAGUGACGCAGCGGACAAUUCAUCGAAAACUUUAAGACUGAAAGAUCAAAAAAAACCGAUAAUAUUAUUAGCACCGUCUGCAAAUGAAUGUUCAUUGUGGUCGAAACGUAUUUUAGAAGCACGCAGGAAAUUUCUGGAGAACGAGAAGAAUUGUCUGCAAAGACAGCGAUCAAAACAGGCGCAAUUUGGGGCGUGUGGCAGAAUACUCGUCACUGUUCUCGAAGGCUUCAACUUGAAAGCUCUGUCCGUUCGCAGAAGACUUCCACAAGGUAGGCUGGCGCUAAUAGUUGUGGAGGCUGAAGAUCUUGCCAUUGGCAUGAAAGGAAAGUGUAAUACAUUCUGCAAAGUGUCUAUGGGCUCUCAAGAAGAAAGAACAGGUGUUGUAUCCGGAAGUGAUUGUCCUUUGUGGGAUGCGUCAAUGCAAUUCCAAGUAAAAGAUUUGCUCGAGGAUACCCUUUGCAUCACCGUGUUUGAUAAAGGAUACUAUAGUCCUGAUGAGUUCCUUGGUCGCGCUGAAAUCAGAGUGGCUGACAUCAUGAGAGACAGUAAGAAUUCCUGCGGGCCAAUCCAAAAGAGAAUCAAAUUGCAUGAGGUCGAAAGCGGCGACGUCGUUCUCAAACUUGACCUUCGACUAUUUGGGUAAGAUGGGUAGUAUGAAAGCUUCCAAAAAUACGCAUUUAUAUAAAAAUUUAUAUAAGACUUAUAUAAGACUGUAUAAUGAAGUUUACAAUAGAAAAGAUCGCAAGAGAGAAAAAAUGCCAAAAA